UCAUCCAAAGAGGGUUUUGCGCUUUUGAGUCUUCCCGGGAGAGGCAUCUUUUGCGUCCACCACCACCAACACUGAAUCGGUACAGCCCGCGCACGAGGCAGUUUGUUUUUUUCCCGAUCCUGUGAACCCUGCAGUUCUGGGGACAUCUGGACUUUAAAGGCAAGAAGCAGAAUUUAAAAGACCUCAAUUUUCAGAAAACAUCUGGUUUUGGCUGCAAAUUGACCAGCACUUGGUGUGGAGAUGGGGAACAUGGACGGAAAAGCCGUGGAGGAGCUGAGCGCUACCGAGUGCCACCAGUGGUACAAGAAGUUCAUGACGGAGUGUCCUUCUGGCCAGCUCACCCUGUACGAGUUCAAACAGUUUUUUGGCUUGAAAAACCUGAGUCCAGCAGCGAACAAAUAUGUUGAGCAAAUGUUUGAGACGUUUGACUUUAAUAAGGAUGGCUACAUAGAUUUUAUGGAGUAUGUGGCAGCUCUGAGCCUGGUCCUGAAAGGGAAGGUGGAUCAGAAGCUGCGAUGGUAUUUCAAGCUCUACGAUGUGGACGGGAACGGCUGCAUUGACCGGGGAGAAUUGCUGAACAUCAUCAAAGCUAUUCGAGCUAUCAACCGGUGCAACGAAGCAAUGACGGCUGAGGAAUUCACAAACAUGGUGUUUGACAAAAUUGAUACAAACGGAGACGGUGAGCUCUCCCUGGAAGAGUUCAUGGAAGGCGUGCAAAAGGAUGAAAUGCUGCUCAAGAUCCUCACCCGCAGCCUGGACCUGACGCACAUCGUCCAGCUGAUCCAGAACGACGGGAAGAACCCGCGCGAGCCCGAGCAGGCGGCGGGGGCUGCCCAGUAGGCUCCCGGGACGCCUCCCCUUCAUCUCUACUUCUUUCCCCUCGCGUUAUUAAGACAAAUCGGGUUGUGGCGGUGGGAGCUGGUGAGCAGUCCCAGCGCCAGUGCCACCAGCGAUCAACUAUCCCUCCAGCACAGGGACUGGGAUCUGCUCCGAAGGCGCCGCUCCCCCGGCAGAUGGUUUGGGGGAGCCACCCCGGCCGGCAAUGGGAAGGGCUCGGGCAGAGAGGGGGUGCUGGGCGAAGAGGGGGUGCUGGGGUGGAGAGAGGGUGCUGGGGCAGCAGCUCGUUGUGCUGGAAGCACUCAGCCACCCCCGGGACCGCCGGCGGGGCCACGGGGCUCUUCGCUGUGCGGGGGCCUUGGAGAAUGCUGCGGAGCAGAGAGGGGGUAGGGAGAGGGUCUCGCCUCCCCGGGAAGGGGGAGCGGCACCACGCGCUGCGCUUCGGGAACGCACCGAGGGAGCCUCCAAAUUCGCACCCAGGCAGCGGCCAACACCAGCGGCUGCGGCGGGGGGCGAACCCCAGGGCUGCCCGGCACUUGGCCCCGGCGAGGGGGGUCCCCAAAGCACAGACGUGCAGCACCUAGUUCAGAUGCUGAACCUUCUCUUUCCAUAUAUAUUUCCAGCGCACAAGAUCAGCAGUUUUGGUUAUUCGUUCUUUGAUUUGUUAGUAUGCUGUUAGCAGUCAUUAGUAAUAAGGUAAGAUAAAAAUAUCUAUGAGCUAGAAAAAGCGGAGUGGUGAAUGCAGUGGAUUUUCUUUGUUUAAAAGCAUUAAAAACAUAGAAUGGUGCCUUUUUAGUGACUAUCUGAACUGUUAGGGGCAUGUUUCUCCUUGAAAUAUCUGGAAGGGCUGCAAUGGCAGUAACCUGAGAGGGAAGAGUUUUACGUGUUUGUAGGAAUAUUCCGGCAUGUCUUAACACCUGUGCAACAAACUUAAACUCUCCUGCAAGUUAUGCUGCGUGGCACCCUUGAGCAUCGGGUGGUUUUAACAGGAACGGCAGCGAAUCGCCUGCGUGCCGCUCGGAGGGGUGUGCUGCUGGAGACGGGGCAGACGCAGCGCCCACGCCGCGAGCAUCCGGGUAUUCCUGAGCAGGCAGCGGGUGCCAGCACCUCCACGGUACAGGGGGCUCGAGUACCCUCCCCCGUGCAGUAAAACCCAGCCGCCCCUUAUUAGAGCAUCCCGGGCACAGCACCCUCGUCUGCGGGCGCUAAUUACCAGCGCAGGAGCAGGGGCUGUGCCCAGCUCCCAGCACACGCACUGGGGAGGCUGCGGGAGCAGCGGCCUCGCCCCCGCACCGCGCCGGGCUGCUCCGGAGAAGGAGUUUCCUCAUCCGAUGGGAGCGAGUUUCAGGCGUGGUGAGGCAAUACAGGACACCAGGAAGGAUUUCUUGCCUAGCUGAAAGACUUGUUAUUUAGCACUGGAUGCUUGCAACUCAUAAGCAACUCUCUGACCAAUCUUCCUGUGCGUUUUUUUCAUCUGUCAGUGUUUUAACUGGAAGCUUUUGUACUUCCAAUCUUACAGUGAACUAAUAAAGAUAUUUUACA